AUGAUUACAAAAUUCUACCAACAUCUCCUUUCCUUGGCCUUUGCUGUCAAAGAAAUCAAUGAGAAUUCAGAAAUCCUGUCAAAUAUUACCCUUGGCUUCCAUAUAUAUGACAGCUACUAUAAUGCAAGAAUGACUUAUCGGACCACCCUAGACUUACUUUUCAAAUCAGACAGAUUUAUGCCCAACUACAAAUGUGGGCUUCAGAAAAAUCUUAUGGCCAUCAUUGGAGGACUUGGUUCAGAUACUUCAUCCCAUAUGUCAGAAAUUGUAGAGUUCUACAAAAUUCCACAGCUGCACCCAUUUCUUCAAGGCAUUUCUUUCAACAACUCAGCAGGAGAAAGUAUGUCUUUUAAUGAAAAGAUGGAAAUUAGAGGAGGAUUUGACAUCAUCAACAUGAUCAUCUUUUCAAACAAAUCAAUCCAGAGAGUGAAAGUUGGAAGAUUAGAUCCCAAUGCUCCAGAUGGAAAUGAAUUGAUUAUUAAUGAAAAUUUGAUUGCAUGGCACAAAGAUUUUAAUCAGGUUCUUCCAGUUUCUCUGUGCAAUCAAUACUGUCAUCCCGGAUAUUGGAAGAGAAAAUCUGAAGAGAAAACCUUUUGUUGCUAUGAUUGUAUUCCCUGUCCAGAGGGGAAGAUUUCAAGCAAGACAGACACAGAAGAUUGUUUCAAAUGUCCUGAGGAUCAGUAUCCAAGCAAAGUGCAAGAUCGAUGCCUUAACAAAACAAUGAGUUUCCUGUCCAUUGAAGAACCUUUAGGAAUCAGUCUGGCCUCAGCUGCUCUUUUCUUUUCCUUAAUGACAAUCAGUGUGCUUGUAAUUUUCCUUAAGUGUAGAGAUACCCCCAUUGUCAAGGCCAACAACCGGGACCUCACUUACACUCUCCUUAUUGCCCUCUUACUAUGCUUUUUAGCUUCCUUGUUAUUCCUUGGUCAGCCAGAGAAAGUAACCUGCCUUCUCCGUCAACCAGCAUUUGGCAUCAUCUUCUCAGUUGCUAUUUCUUGUGUGUUAGCUAAAACUAUUACCGUGGUUGUAGCUUUUAUGGCUACUAAGCCAGGUUCUUCAAUGAGAAAAUGGGUGGGGAAAAGAUUGGCUCUUUCCAUUGUUCUUUCUUGUUCUUUUCUUCAAGCAGGUCUUUGCAUUCUGUGGCUGGCAAAAUCUCCUCCAUUUCCUCAGUUAGACAUGAAUUCCCUUAUAGAAACCAUGAUUUUACAAUGCAAUGAAGGCUCCAUUUUCAUGUUCUAUUGUGUACUGGGCUAUCUGGGCUUCUUGGCUAUUGUCAGCUUUAUUGUGGCAUACUUUGCCCGUAAUUUACCUGACACCUUUAAUGAAGCCAAGUUCAUCACAUUUAGCAUGUUGGCUUUCUGCAGCGUGUGGAUCUCCUUUGUUCCAACCUAUCUGAGUACCAAUGGAAAAGCCAUGGUGGCUGUGGAGAUUUUCUCCAUUUUGUCCUCCAGUGCUGGGUUAAUGGGAUGUAUCUUUUUCCCAAAAUGUUUCAUAAUUGUUCUUAAGCCAGAAAUAAACAUUAAGAAACGACUAAUAAAGU